CACACAAAGAUCCAAGAUGGCGCCGUGCAUGUGAAAUGAGUUGCGGGCUGGGCCUGGUCGGAAGCGAUUUUUUCCUCCUCACUUUCUCAGUCUAGCUGUCAUCCAGAACGCAAGGAUCAGGAAGGAUUAUCUAAGGACUAAGUCGGAAGCUCCGGUUUUCAAGAAUACCGCAGGAUAGUUUGCUGAGAGGGGAUACUGUGGCCAGUGUACGGCGGAACGGUUCCUUCAAAUUUCGUCUGUCAUUUUUUGGGAGGCCGGAAUAGCAGGAAACCAUGAGUGAGGUGUCUAUAGCACAAUCACGUGCCUCGGUGAUGAUCUACGAUGAUGCCAACAAGAAGUGGAUACCCGCGGGCGGCUCGUCGGGGAUCUCCCGGGUUCACAUCUAUCAUCAUCAGGUUAACAGCACAUACAGAGUCGUGGGACGCAAGCAGAACGACCAUCAGGUUGUGAUAAACUGUGCAAUACUGAAGGGACUCAAGUACAACCAGGCCACGCCCACCUUCCACCAAUGGCGCGACGCACGCCAGGUCUACGGGCUCAACUUCGGAAGCAAAGAGGACGCGGACGUCUUCGCCCAGGCCAUGCUGUCAGCACUAGAGGCAUUGAGUCAACAGGGAUCAGGUCCCCGCCCCCCAAACCAGACGCCCGGCGCUAACCCAGCACCCUCAGCCCAGCAGUACCAGGUGUACCAGAACCAGCAGCUACAGGGACAGUACCAAAAUGUCAAUGGACCAUCCAUCGAGGAGGAGGAGAGGAUCAGGUGGGGACAAGAUGAUCAGGCGAUCAGUCCGUACCCACAACAACGAGAACAGCAAAUGCGUGAGCAGCAGAUGGCGGCACAGAUCAACCGGGCACGAGAGCUGAUGGAACAGGAGCGGGCGCGAGAACGGGAACGAGAGAAAGGGCCACAAGCGGGGGAGUGGUCGCCAGCCACCUCACAACCUUCAGGACCAGUCCAGAGUCAAUCCCCAGCACCAGCAGCCCCCACCCCCCCAACCCCACCUCAACCCCCCACAACAACAGCCCCUCCCCCUGCCCCACCAUCACCUCCAGCUCCUCCAACCCCACCCACCCAGCCUGCUGCAGGGGGGGCACCCCCUCCUCCCCCAGGUCCCCCACCACCCCCCAAGACUGGCGGUCCCCCACCCCCUCCUCCUCCCCCACCCCCCAACCUGGCUCCUAACACACCUUUAGGUGGCGGAGCAGGGGGGCUGGCACAGGCUUUAGCAGCAGCCAAACUACGCAGAGUUUCAAGGUCGGACAGCGACGCGGACAACAUGUCCCCAGCGGAGAAGGCUCGGUCCAGUGGCGGUGUGCCGGCCAUACCUGGUGGCAUGAUGGACGAGAUGGCCGCCAGGCUAGCACAAAGACGCCGCCCAAUAAACAACAACACUCAAAGGCGUGCCGCACAGAAUGUGAGUAUCAACCCUGAGCGUCGAGUGCAGAAAGAGCAAGAGGAGGGAGGUGGAGAUACCAAGUCAUCACCUAACGCCAAGGUUAACAGCACAGAUGCAAAGGGCAGGCCAUGGGAGAACAGGUCUCCCAACAAGUUUGGAGCGACGGGCAGGAGCGACAGCACUAACGGCUCCAACAAGGGCCCCAGCAAUGGUGGCAGUCAGUCUCCCAAGUUUACCAGGACGUCUUCCGUAAACGGAGGGUCCCCGCCCCUGGAGGGAGAUCUAGACAGAUUGAAACAGGAAAUUCUGGCAGAAGUGAGGAAAGAAGUGAGCAAAAUGAAAGAGGAAAUUAUUGAUGCAAUAAGGCAAGAAAUCAGGGCAGAAUUCAACAGGCGAUAGACCAGAGAGGGACACAGUGAAGACAAAACAAAAGGAGGAGGAGAGGAGAGGAGAAACAACAGUGAACUGAUGGGGGCAGCUCAUUGGUCGGUUCUCACAUGGUGGAGCAAGGCAUUGUGGGAACCAUCUCUGUUGAAGAGAUGACACAUUCAAUACAGAUAUGAUCGCUCUACCCAGUAAAACUCCUAGGGGCUUAGAUAAAUAUUUCUUCGGUAAGCUUGGCCUUACCCUAAUUUUGUAGCUAAUUACAAAAAAGAAAGUCGGGACAUUCAGGUGUAGAAAUCCAAACGGUGGUUCCUAGAAAUUUGGUUGUAGAAGUCUGAAGCCAUCUCCUUCUACUGAAUGUGCUGUUGCCCUGUCCAACAUGUUUAAGGCUGGAAGUCACGGUGUCUUUUGUCAGCCGCCAGAAAGACUGUAGACAAAAAAAGAAAAGAAAUCCAGUUACUUCGUACAUACCAGUGACCAAGAUUUGGUUAUUGUGUUACAUGUGAGCCGAGAUAAACAAAUGUGUCCUUCCAUGUGUUAUGCCAUUUGCACCGACCCGCGUGAAGUGGUUAGCCAAGCUGCAGUUCGGAGUGCCUUUUGUUGUCGUUUCUGCGGCCGCAGGUCAUUUUUGCAGCUCCAUACAUGUAUGUCCACUGAUGCAUAACACACAACAGCUAGCCCAGAUUGAAACUCGCAACAGUGUUCCUACCCCACCUGUACAGUCCACACAGUAUCUCUACUGAUGACCCAAUGCUCUUUCAAAUGCACUGCUGGCAGAAAUGGCCUGUGUACAUUCAUGUAUUUUAACAAUAGUUUGAAUAGGUUGAUUAUUUCCCCAAAGGUAUUCUUGUGGUAUACAUAUAGAUGAUGACUUCAUAUGACAAUUUUGCCAUAGUUAUGUUUCUAGUUACCCGAGUAAUCAUUAAAUUUUGGAAGGUUGCUUUACUGCAUUGUAUUUUAGUGGCUUAAACUGUUAUUCACCUUUAUCCAUGGUUUAACCUAUAUCCGUUGUUUUUUUAGCUAUCAUGUGGACAGACGGUGGUUGCAAUGUUUGAAAAUUUUGCAAUUUGAAACCACCGUCCAUCGACUUGAUAUCCCCCAAAAAACUGUUUUUAGAAACAACAGAUAUAGGUUAACCCAUGCAAGGAUAAAUCAAAGGUGAUCUAGGGCUAAGUUGUUGAGUUGAUAUCCCAUUUUAUUUGUAGAUAGAAAAUUAGUGAUUUAUAUUGACGUAUGGAUUCCUUCUCUCUUCAUGGCAAAAUUUGCUUCCGAAGUUGCUGGCUUUGCCUAGUGACACUCUGGCUAUAUGUCAUUUAUGAAGUUGGUAGUUAUUCAGUCGCCACAUACAUAGAUACUUUUGACCGUCUGUAAGUAUCAGGUCAAAUGCGUAUCUAUCUGAAAGAGAACUCAAAGUCAGAAUAGACUUCAACAAAAUUUAAGUUCCACUCCCAUUGUAUGUUGUGAUGCCUUUUGUAUUAUAUUUGUAGAUGUGAGAAUACUCAUUCAUUAGUAAGUAUUAAGGAAGCAAUUUAUACAUAUUUUUGUGUACCGUUUUUCAGCAAUUUUUUUCCCCAAGAGUGAUCCAUGCACAAUCAUUUCCCUAUAGCCCAUAUUUGUACAUUUGUAUGUAUCUUUCAGCUUUGUUGAUUAAGGUCUUUUUUAUUCUUAAGAAUUUAUGUUUUAGUAGGAUAAGUUGUAUUUUUCAUAGCUCGGCCAUAAACUUACUUAUUUGAGUCUAAUCCACAUUAUAAGUUGCUGCUUUUCUCUAGCAUUUUGGUAAGAGCUGUGACAGAAGCGAUAAUUUUACCCACCUGUAAAGUAGUGGAAAAAACUUAAAGAAUGGACGUAACUGUCAUAAGGAUUUGGUUCCCAGCUUGGGUGUUGAUGGAAGGAUAUACAUGUAGUCUACCUCCCGACAGUCCUUGUGACUGACUGUACUUACGCUACACCUUGGGAGGUUAGAGCAAUGUAUGGUAGGUUGUACAAGUGUUAGCAAUGUUCAGGAGAGUUUUAAUCUGGUCAGUUUGUCACACAAACUGUUAAUGACAAGAUGGAAGCGUUCACUACUGUCAGAGGGUAAGCAGCAAAGAAGGAAUUUCUGAUCAUGGUCGGCUCUUCUACCGGACUGAAAAUUGUGUAUACGUUGCUAUUCCAUCCAUUUACACAUAGCGCCAGAUAUGUGCAGAAAAGCUAUUUGGUGUUGCCUAUUGAAUAAAGAAAGAGUAUUCUGUCCGGCGGUCAAAUGAUGUCAUUGAAACCCCCCCACUUGUCAUCCAUGAUGUGAUCCUGUCAUUAACACCACUGGUAUUUGGAAGAAUGUAUGAUAACAAAAUGUCCAGGGAAAUUGUUGCAAAGAAGACGCAGUUUGUAGAUGACCUACCAAGACUGGAGGAAUUGGAGUCAAGGCAAUGUACAUGUACAGUAGCAGGUGUCUUUCUCACUAAUAAUUCUUUACAGACAGUUAGCUAUUAAAGUUUUAAUUUUGCGAAAGUCUUCUCCACGUCUGAGAGGAUUUUCCUACUCCUGUGGAGGGAAGCAGAAUUGAAUCUUAGGUCUUUCAUGAAUUGGAAGGGUUUCUGUCCAAAGCCACAGUGAUGGUUAAAGGUUUGACUCCUCUCUUGGUACCAUGUAUCAUGAAAAUGAUUCAUACAAUGAUUGCCAAGGAGUUGACAAACCUCCUGGCAAAAUAAAAUGACUUCUCUCUCUACAAAAGGCUUUCAAGGCAUAGAUGAUUAAUUUUUUUUUCUCUUGAAAAUAUGGAUACCCUUGAUUUCUGAAAAGUACUUCCUGAUACAUGUAUCAUGACAUAUUCAAAAAUUGUAUGGUACUUUAGUAGGUAAAAUUGCACUGCAAAAAUCCAUGGAGCAACAGUUUUCUUACAACAUAUUGAUAUGCUAGGAAAAGAGAAAAUAUUCGGAAUACUGCGUAAUCCGUUUUCUUCUUUCAGUAUUAAGGUCCCUCAAACGGGAAAGAAUUACCCCUUAUUCCUAACCUGGAACAUGGGGGUACGGUUGCCUAUGAGGAUCGGACACUUUCUUGUAUUGUCUCAUAGUAUCCUGCAAAAAUUGAUGCUAUGUUUCUCUGCGAGUCUUCACUAUUAAAAAUGUAGUGACAGUUUUAAAUUAGACUAUGCGAUAGUUUUAAACGUGAGACAACAGCUGUGCUGUCAGUUCUCACUAACUGUCUUAUUUCUAUAUAAUCUAUAAUGUUGUGUUCCUUCAAAAUAGGUAGUCUUUCUCCCACCUACCCUUCCUUGAGUCUCUGGCACACAAUUCAAACUCGAAUAUCAUCAAUGUGGCUUGUUGACGGAAACCAGAAAAACGACCCAGAUCACUUCUGUUUUACAGAAGUAUGGGAAUGGGUCAUUUUUCUACCAGUUUACAUUUCUUGGAGCUGUUAUGAUUUCAUCUUCAUUGAUAAUCUAUAUGUGCAGUGUACUUCAACAUUUUGUACUAAUGCCAAUAUCAAUAAACUGCAUGGAGAUCCUGCUGUA